UUAGCCGCGGGCAGUGUCGCCGGGCUCCGCCCCCCUCGCGCCCGCCGUCGGCACGCUGUGUACGUACGGCGGGAAACGCUUACGCCGUGCGUGGCGGCGGCGUGUGUGUGACGCAGUUGCCCAUGGUAACCCCGGAGCCGCGCAGAGGAUGGGUUUACUGUCAAUCUUGCGUAAACUGAAAAGUGCCCCAGACCAGGAGGUGAGAAUCCUCCUCUUGGGACUGGAUAAUGCAGGCAAGACAACACUCCUGAAACAGCUGGCAUCUGAGGACAUCAGCCACAUCACACCAACACAGGGCUUUAACAUCAAAAGUGUACAGUCUCAAGGCUUCAAGCUGAACGUAUGGGACAUAGGCGGACAGAGGAAGAUCAGGCCAUACUGGAGGAACUAUUUUGAAAACACUGACGUCCUUAUCUAUGUCAUUGACAGCGCAGAUAGGAAGAGGUUUGAAGAAACGGGUCAGGAGCUGGCUGAGCUUUUGGAUGAAGAAAAGCUUAGUGGAGUCCCAGUGCUCAUAUUCGCUAACAAGCAGGAUUUGCUGACGGCUGCCCCUGCUUCAGAGAUUGCUGAGGGACUGAACCUACACACAAUCCGGGACAGAGUGUGGCAGAUCCAGUCUUGUUCGGCUCUUUCAGGAGAGGGAGUACAGAGUACCUGCCAACGUCUCUGUGUCUCAACAAAGCAGCACAAGGACAUCUAUCAAGAUCUAAAUGUUACUGUAGGGACUGUACUUUUUGCAUAGAGCCAUCUUUUAAGCAUGCAGAUGUAGGGACAAUGUGUGUAGAGGCAAAGGAUGACAACAGUUGACUCCUUGUGGACUUCAUUCUUUCAAGCGCCAUUUCCUCCCUCCCAUGUGCCCUCCCCAUAGCAGCUCUUUGUGUUUGCAUCAGCUUUCCUGGAUUUCUCUAUUUUACCAACCCUCCAUUCUGCUUCAAACCUUAGGUAGAAAAACUGCAAACAUACCUUAUGGUUUCUUUUGCUCUCCAUUGUGUUUGCUGUUCUCCAGAGUAUUUGGGGGUGCAGCAGAACACACACUCCCAAAGGUGCACCAGAAGCUAUGGAUGUAGCAGUGAUGUGGCUGUAGGUGAGGAAGGUGUCUCACACGUACCUCUCUGAUACAACACACGUAGAGCUUAGCAUAUUCAUUUUCUUGUUAGCCCUGUCAGACAGGGAGAUAUUUACAAUUAAACGUGAUUUUUUUGUGCCAGGUAACUUAUGCCAGAAGAGAGGGUUUUUAAAUCAUUUCUUGAUAUAAAAGUUUGGUGACCUACUUACGUAUUUCAAGCCUGUUUGGAGUUCACCUUUCCUCUUGCAUUUUGCUAUGUCAUUCUUUUGCCCUCGUUAAAUGCUUGAUGCAGACAGGCUCCUAGCUGUGGUAAAUCCCAUCAUAAACUCUGCUUUAUGACCCUCGCCACACUGGUGCGGAAACGGUCUGUCUGUCCCCCUUCCCGAGCUCCCAAAUGGCAGCAGGCAGAGUUUUAAUCACUGUGAAUUCAGGUUGUGGUCAGAUUAGGUAGAAGAUAGGAUGCGUGUUUGUUAUUUUGCAGUGAUGUAUUGUUUCUGGGAUUACUGUGCUGAAUAGCAGAGGGUGUCAGCUGAUAUUUAUUACUUUAAGCUGUCUCAGCUGUUCUGGUUCAGCAAAUAAACCUACAUUCAAAAUGAA